ACAGAUCUACAUAAACACAUUUAAUAAUGGCGGACUAGCAACAAUCAACAAAAAGUAUACAAUCUAGCAACCAUUUGAAAUAAAUCCGAUUCUCAUCAUGGGCUCAAAACAGCAGACAUCCAUAUCUCGUGUUUUGGGUAUUUUAAGCGAAUGGGACAAAGGUACAAAACAAUUAAGAAAAAAAAUUUUGGAACAAUUUAUUAUACAAAACCAAAAUAAAACUGGCCCGGAAUUGGAGGAAGAAUUUGUACAAGCUGCUAGUCUUUUUCUCACCCGAUUAACAGCUUGGCUGAGACUCACUUAUAUGACUGGAGUAUGUCUUAAUGAAUUGCUUCAAGCUGUUGCAAUAUUUUUAUCAGCAUCUAGUGGACACAAAUUUAUGGCUGAGUUCAUGGAAGUAGGAGGAACAUUAACUUUGUUGGAAAUUAUUGGACUCAAACAAGCCAAAGAGACAGAUAAGACAGAAGCUCUGAAAUGCCUUACCUGUAUUGCCAAUGCUGGGAGAAAAUACAAAGAACUUAUUUGUGAAAGCUAUGGUAUUCGAGCUGUUGCUGAGUGUUUGGCUAAGUCAAAAUCAGAAGAGACACAAGAUGCUUGUAGAAAUUUAUUGCUAAUGUUGGCGCAAGGCAAUCCCAAAUUUCAAAAUCAAGUCUACAAAGCCUUUAUCGCCUUAUUACCAUGCAGCUCACCCAAGGCGCAACAAAUGGCCUGCAGUUCUCUACGCAUUGUUCAGCGUAUUGUGGGCUCUUCCAACGCUACUAUAGUAGAUCCACUCUUAAUAUUAUUAAAGACACUUCAUUUGGAAGUUCAGUUUGAAGCCAUUGAGCUAAUCAAAGAUCUAAUGGACUAUGAAGUGGCCGAUUCCAUUCUGUCUGGACUUGUAGCUUUGCUAAAACCAACAACAAAAAAUGUGGUGGUGGUUCAAAGCACUGAAGAAGAUUCCCUACAACCAAAACUUACAGCACCACUUCAUGUAUUUUGUCAACAAGCUGCAGCAGCAAAAACUAUCAGUAUUUUAGCCCAAGAGAAUGAUACAGUUGCAGAAAAACUAGUGCAGCUUGGUGUAAUCCAUGGUUUGAUGUUCGCAAUGGGUAACACAGAAUAUGCUGACAGUCAAAGACAAGCAAGCCUUGGCUUAAAGUAUUUCUGUCAAUUACUUCCUGUCAUAAACGACUGUGUGAAGGACGCUAUGGGAGAAGUACUUUUUGAUUUGUUUAUGUCAAACCCUGAGACACUGUACCUCAACCUGACUCAUGUUCAAGCUGAUGUUCUGGUCUCCAAUAAAAUAACCAUACCCAAAUAGCCAUGAAAAAGACACUUAAAUUAAGAUGUCUUAAAUAAAAAUGAUGCACCAACAUUUCCAAGACAUAGAAGGAUAAGAACUUUGUUUUGAAGACCAAAUAUAAUUCUAUGAAGCCAAGUUAAAUUACAAAAUAAACUAAACAAAUAUUU